UUUUUUAAUGGCAUAUUAUGAAAUAAUAAAACUUAUGAGAAAGGGAUGUGUGAUGUGUCAUUGUGAUGGAUAAAGGCCCACCAAGCCCAUAUCUAAUUACCAACAAAUCCAUCAAAACCCUAACUAUUAGGCCCAAUCCAUUAAUCUCCCAUCUAUAAAUCUCUCAAAACCCUAAUACAACCCCUUCUCCCACUGCCGCUCUUCCCUUUUUCCCUUUCCCCAUUUUGCCCCGCUGCCGCCGCCUACAAAAUGACAACCAGAUUCAAGAAGAACAGGAAGAAGCGUGGCCACGUCAGCGCCGGUCACGGGCGUAUCGGCAAACACCGUAAGCAUCCCGGAGGACGAGGUAACGCCGGAGGUAUGCACCAUCAUCGGAUUCUCUUCGACAAGUACCAUCCUGGUUACUUUGGUAAAGUUGGUAUGCGUUACUUCCACAAAUUGCGUAACAAAUUCUACUGUCCAACUGUUAACGUUGACAAGCUAUGGUCACUUAUUCCACAAGAAGUGAAAGAUAAGGCGGUUGCUAACAAAGGCAGUGCUGCUCCGUUGAUUGAUGUUACUCAGUUUGGGUAUUUUAAGGUUUUGGGUAAAGGUGUUUUGCCUACUGGACAACCAGUUGUUGUGAAGGCUAAGUUGGUUUCCAAGAAUGCUGAGAAGAAAAUUAAGGAAAAUGGCGGUGCUGUUGUUCUUACUGCUUAGUUUUUUGUUAAAGUUAAUGUUUUUGAUUAGUUAAUGGAGAUUUGAGUACUUGGGAUUUUACUUGUUUGAAAUACUUUUGACAUGUUUUGAUUUAAUGAGAUAUUGUUCUUUAAAGCA